GCUCUUACAAUUUUUAUGUCAAGUAUGCACCAACUCGCACAGAAAGAAGUUUUAAUGGACCAGUAACUGUGUAGUGUGUUUAUUCUUUGCAGCUACUAAUUGAAGAAGACUGUGCUUCAUUGAGCCGGACAGACGGAUACAAAUAAGAAGCAGUCUUGUGUGUAAAAAAGAAAUAGAAAAAAAACGUGCACGAAUGUCAAUCACUCGGACUCGCGAUUACAACCUUAUUCACCGGAAAUUCAAGUACAGCAAGCAUGUACGCCAGGCCACCUUAAGGCGGUCGCGCCUUUUACGUAAAGGUAACUUGAGGCGCCUUACCGCAUGUCACUGUGCUUAUAUAAGAUACGAAACGAAACAAAACAGCGCGAAGCAAAACAGCUUGCGAUUACGCGCGACGCGUACGCAACAGGUAGACAGGCGUCGCCGGCCGGAGCAUAAAAGCUGGCUGCUCUCAGGAAAAGGCCGCCAGUCGUUCGCCCUCAAUUCCUGCACCGCUCGGUUUACGGCAGCUCGUCUGACUACUCGAUCGAUAUCCAGAACAUUCGCAAUGUUUCCAACGGUGCAAGUGCUGUUAGUCUGCCUCAUCGUUGAAGGCUACGGACUGCACCACCACCCGUCGUAUCAGGCUGUAUAUCCGACGUCCGGCUUCAGCGGCUACAAUACUGCCGCUGCUCCCUACCAAGGAUACAACGCCUACACCUUUCCACCUCACCCGCACAACUUUGGCUACGACAAUGUGGACGAGUACGGCAAUCGACAUUUCCGCAGCGCGCAGAGCGACUCCAGAAACACCAAGACCGGUUUGUACGGCUACCGCGACGUGAAUGGCCUCUACGGGCGUGUGAACUACAUCGCCGAUGAGUACGGCUUCCGGGCCACCAUGGACACCAACGAACCAGCUGCCACUCUUGAAGAGAGCGCCGACGCGGUUUUCAACGUUGCACCAGUGGUCCAUCCAGUUCUUUCAGCAGCUGACCAGAGUGGGGCACCUACAGCUUAUACCGUUAGGGUGGCGGCACCUUACAACGCUGGUGGCUACAGUGGUUACGGCAAAUACAGAUACAACCCCAACGCAGGCGCUGCUGGAGCCUACGCGUACGCUCCGUUCGGACGUCAGGGAAACGCUGCUAGCAGUCCAGCCCUCAGUGAAUACCUGCACGGCGGACAACCUCCCUACAGCUACAGUGCCACCGGCUACGGUGCGAGCAACCGCCCUGGUGUCCAUGGCGCACCUGCCGUUUACGGGAGCUGGUCUUCCAAUCAUCGUGGCUACCGGCGUCUAUAAUGCAUGUCUCUUAGGCCACGUGAGACAAGACAAAUGGCAGAUGUUGCCGUUGGAACUUUUGCACCGUGCUUGAUGUGACAGAUUGUAA